AUGACAGCUCCUAAUCUGCGUGAGACUCCUGCAUUAUCUGAAAUCUAUCUAAAGACCCAGGAGAAAUUCGGUGUCCGCCCUUGUCUGUGGCAGCUGAAAGUAGCGCAUGCUCUCCUCAAAGGCGACCAGGAUGUCCUAUGCAUUGCAGGCACAGGGAUGGGUAAGACCCUUGGCUUCUGGAUUCUGUUGCUGUUUCGCAUCAAUAGCAUCCAGCUCGUCGUCACUCCACUGAACCUACUGGGAAAACAAAAUGCAUUAUCUCUUGCGAAGGCCGGCAUCCGGGCCAUUGCUAUCAAUGCAGAAACUGCUAGCGCUGCAAACUUCUUGGCAAUUAAAGCCUUAAAGUACCGCGCUGUUGCAGUCAGUCCUGAACAAAUCAUGAAACCAAACGGCGAUUUUGAAAAGCUUCUGAAGGACCCAUUGUUCGCUUCUUACCUUGUAGGUAUCAUCAUUGAUGAAGCCCACUGUAUCACGGAAUGGGGCGAGUUCCGUCCAGAAUACCGAGAAUUGGGCCGCCUUCAUUACAUCUUACCAGCAACUGUAUCAAUCAUGAUCGCUUCCGCUACCCUCACGAAAGCCUCCUUGACACAUACCACCCGGCUUCUUCACAUGCACGCUGACAAAAUGGUCACCAUACAUCGCUCAAGUGACCGCCCAAACAUUAAAAUUGGAGUCAGAAAAAUUAAGUACGCACUCAAUAGCUAUUGCGAUCUUGCUUUCCUCAUCCCGACGGGCUGGAAGGAUGGUAACCCCCCCCCACCAAAGUUCUUAAUAUUUUUUGACAGCAUUCCAGAUGCUAUCAAUGCAACUCAAUACCUGCGCAAACACUUACCUCCGGAUAUGCAAGAUAAAAUUAAGUGGUUCAAUGCGGACAUGACAGGAGAGUACAAAGAUACUGAGCUCACAAACCUCAUAUCAGGAGAAACAUGGGGCUACUGCACAACGGAUUCCUUUGGAAUGGGAAUGGACGUUCCCGAUAUCAUGCUUAUUAUCCAAUGGCGAGCAAUGUGCAAGCUGACGACUCUUUGGCAACGGUUUGGACGUGCAGAGUACUUUGACGAUGAACGACAAGCUAAAGCAGCAAGGAAAAAGACGCGGGAGACGAAUUGGAAGAGAAAGGGUGAUAGCUUACCUAUCACAUCACUUUCGAAGUGGCGUACCGUGAAUACACCGAAUUCUCGGGUGGCUGGUUCCCAUGCACAGCCGACUGCCAGCAUUGGUGAUCACGGUGAUGGGUCUGAUGGGUCUGACGAGGAUACUCCUCCAAUGGACGAGGGCCUGCAGGGAUUAAAGGAUUUAGUGAAGGGUGAUGUGGAAGCACCAAAAUAUACAGGAAGGCGACAAAAAUCAAGUCUUGACACGGCAAUGGAUUAUUUGAUUAAUGCGGAGAAACGUGAUAGCUUAAUGUGCCGCAGGAAGGUGUUUGAUGUUAGCUUUGAUAAUGAUGCUGCUGAUUCUGAUCAUCUCGACUGCAACAAACAAGAGCCCUUGGGUUGCAAACGGUGCUCCAUUACUCAACCAACCAUUUGCUGUGAUAUCCACCACCCCGAACAUUUUUCUCAGUACGCUUCCCACAUUGAAAAGCCGGCAACCAUGCCACAGCAUUCCCGCAUUCCCAAGUACCAGAAGACAGUGCACGACUUUGCUCUACAAGAGGCACUGGAUGAUUGGCGGGAACAGAAGACAGCGUCUGCCUAUGGUUGGCACCACCUCAACGACCUUGGCCCUUCCCUCAUCUUGCCAAAUGCCAUCUUGGAUUGGAUCCUUGACUGCGCACAUCACCAUAAGGUUCAGAGCGUCUAUGAUCUCAAGCGGGAGACUGGUUGGACAGAUGCAGAAGAUUUUGGGGAGGAAGUCGUCACUCUCAUCAAAAAACAUGCGGCGCCGCUUCCCUCACCAUUUGUGAUCACACCACUGAGAUCUAUAUCUACCGCUUCCUUGCCCAAUGUGCCCCCCACCCAGUCGUCUUCUAAUGUGGUGGUUGCUGCUGUCGAACGACGAAAGAACCGGUGUAGCGCAUGUGGCCUUGAAGGGCAUAAUGCCCGCAAUCGUGUGUGCGAGCAACACUCAUCUUGCUCAGGACAGAAUAAGGAGAACGCAACAACCAUCAUGACGAAUUGAUGAUGUCGGUUCAACACCUCUGGCACGAAUCAAUGAUGUCGGUUCAACA